CUCCGCCCCUCGACUCCUCUUCCUCUGCAGGUGGAUGGAGGAGACGCCAUGCUCGGGAACCGCUGCCGUGAGACCGCUGAGCUCCGGGCUCCUCAUCCCUAAAUGACCCUCGGCUGAGAAGGGGUUCUUUGGGCUGCAGGACCGGAUCCAGAACCGGAUCCAGAACCGGGUCAUGGCUCGGGGCCCCCGGCACUGACAUGGGGCUCCGGUCCAGGACCGCCGCCAGCGGCUCGGAGGAGCAGAAGAAGACCUCCUGCGCCUCCUCCUAUGGCGGCGGCGGCGGCGCGCCUCCCGGGAAUUUACCGGACCGAGCCGACCGGGACGGCGCCGCCGAGCCGCCGGACCCGAAGCGCGGCAUCGGCAUCGGGCUGCUGGCCAAGACCCCGCUGGACUACCGCCGCCCCCCCAAGAGGAACCACACCCGCAGGAGGAGGAUCCAGAACCUGCUGUACGACGUGCUGGAGCGGCCCCGAGGCUGGGCGCUGCUCUACCACGCCUUCGUGUUUCUGAUCGUUCUGGCAUGUUUGAUUCUGGCCAUUCUGACGACAUUCAAGGAACACGAGAACGCCUCUGCUCACUGGCUGGUCAUACUGGAAACCUUCGCCAUCUUCAUCUUUGGAGCUGAGUUCAUCCUGAGGGUCUGGGCGGCCGGAUGCUGCUGUCGCUACAAGGGAUGGAGGGGGAGGCUGAAGUUCGCUCGCAAGCCCCUGUGCAUUCUGGACAUCUUCGUGCUGAUCGCCUCGGUGCCCGUGGUGGCGGUGAGGAACCAGGGCAACGUGGUGGCCACCUCGCUGCGCAGCCUGCGCUUCCUGCAGAUCCUGCGCAUGCUGCGCAUGGACCGGAGGGGGGGCACCUGGAAGCUGCUGGGGUCCGCCAUCUACGCCCACAGCAAGGAGCUGAUCACCGCUUGGUACAUCGGCUUCCUGUCUCUGAUCCUGGCGUCUUUCCUGGUCUACCUGGUGGAGAAGGACGACGUCUCCGUGGACGUGUCCGGCCACCACCACCCCUCCAGCCAGACGCCACCGCAGGACUUCGACACCUACGCCGACGCUCUGUGGUGGGGGCUGAUCACGCUGACCACCAUCGGCUACGGGGACAAGACCCCGAAGACGUGGGCCGGGCGGCUGCUGGCCGGCACCUUCGCUCUGAUCGGGGUGUCCUUCUUCGCUCUGCCUGCAGGCAUCCUGGGGUCCGGCCUGGCCCUGAAGGUCCAGGAGCAGCAGCGGCAGAAGCACUUUGAGAAGAGGAGGCAACCCGCCGCCGGACUCAUCCAGUCCGCCUGGCGAUAUUACUCCACCAAUCCAAUCAGGGAAGACCUCAUUGGCACGUGGAGAUUUUAUGAGACCAUCAUCUCUCUCCCCUGUUUCAGCCAGAAGCUGAGUCUACUCGAGCGCGUCCGCCUCCCCACCACGCGGCCAUCGGUCGGGACGACCAAGAGGCUGAUGAGUCACGCCGACUCCAUCGAGGAAAGCCCCUCCAAGGAGCCCAAGCCAGCCGGCUUCAGUAACCGCGAACGCUUCCGCACCGCCUUCCGCAUGAAGGCCUACACGCUGCGCCAGAGCUCUGAAGGUUUUUUCUCCUCGGCAGACGGUGGCGGCCUGGCAGAACCGGCCUUGGAGGAGCGGGGCUUCCCCCCGGACAUCCUCAUGGAGGAGAUGAUCCCCACGCUGAAGCUGGUCAUCAGGGCCGUCAGGAUUAUGCAAUUUCUCUUGAACAAGAAGCGGUUCAAGGAAACUCUGAGGCCAUACGAUGUGAAAGACGUGAUCGAGCAGUACUCCGCCGGACACCUAGACAUGCUGUGUCGGAUCAAGUACCUCCAGACCAGGAUCGACAUGAUUUUGGCCCCUGGACCCCCUCUUACCCCCAAACAAAAGAAAACUCCCAAAACGCCCUUCAGCUACCCGUCCAGUCAGUCGCCCAGGCACGAGUCCGACCUCGCCAAGGCCUCCAUGCCCGACGCCGACGACCAGAGCAUGAUGGGAAGAUUUGUCCGUGUGGAGCGACAGGUGGAGGACAUGGAGAAGAAGUUGGACUUCUUGGUGGACAUGCACAUCCAGCACAGUGAGCUCCUGCAAGUGGACUCUGCCGGCGCCGCCCACAUGACUCUGGAGACCUGCGAGGACCCGGCGGGGACCGGCGAGAUCCGGCGGGUCUUCUUCAACUACGCCGAGGCGUUCACGCCGUGCCAGAUGCCCGGCGGCACACUGGGUCCGUACUGCGGAACGGGAAGAGGAGGCGCCGAGGGCACCGGGUCCACCGGCGGGAGCCACGUCCCUCCGCAGCACCGACGCCUCCCCGCGGCCGACAUCCCCACCUACGCCGAGCGUCCCACGGUGUUGCCCAUCAGCUCCCUGCAGGACUUGUCGGCGAGGCCGGGCAGGACCGCGGGGGGGCGGAGUGCCGACUCGCCGCUCUCCAUGCUGUCGGUGAACCACGAGGAGCUGGAGCGCUCGCUGAGCGGGUUCAGCGUCUCCGGGGAGCGGGAUGAGGCCGGGACGGGCGCCGGGUGGACGAGAACUCGCCCGAGCUACCUGGCGGAGGGCGAGACGGACACGGACUCGGACCCCUUCACGUCUAGCGGGGGGCCCCUGCCUCUCUCCUCCACGGGGGAGGGGUUUGGUGACGCCGUGUGGAACACGCCGUCCUGAGCGGUGCGACACUGAACCUCGGGUCCACCCGCCGCCGGGUCCCCGCCUCUGAACGCUCACCGGAUCGAAGCCCCGCCAUGCGGGGGGGGCCGAGAUGCCACGAGGUCGCCGACCUUCGGAGGCCGAUCUCCCCGACCGACCGCCGUCCGGACGGAGAGCCGCGGUUAAAACUCUGAACAGCGCCCUCUUCAGGCCGAAUAAUGAAGAACAUUCAUAUUCAUCCUAUAAUACGCACCAAAGCUUCAUCGUUGCUAAGCCGACCGCAUGAGAUGCAUGAGACACGCAGGCCUGCGACGCCAUUGGUCAAUUAUUUUUCUAUUUUUUUGUUGCAUGGUUUGCAUGAUGAUGCAACAUUCUGACGGCUGGAAACCAAACGUCUGUGUGUGCGUGUGUGUGUGUGCUCUUCACCUUUCAUGCGUACGAACGAAUAAAUAAACAAUAAACAUGAAUAAUUUCAUAA